GCUGAAGGAGAUGUCAAUCCAAACGCAGCGGCGCCAUUGAGUUUCAUUAUGCUGCCGCCGCCGCUGCGCCAUCAUCACUAGCCGGCCGCUCGCAGCGCUGAAUAAUAUCCGCUGUUUACUCGCCGUUCCCUGAUCGCCUGUUAUUCUUUACACCAUCACGGAUAUCUUUGUGAUUGGUUUGUGUACCAUGGAAAACAUCAAGACAGGACUUUAGGCUGUUAUCUGGGAUUCUCUUCUGAACACAAAGCAAUGUGGAGGAAAUAAGGAUCGUGCUGUGCUUUGAAUACAGAUCAUAGAGGAUGGGCUGUGUGCAAUGUAAGGACAAAGAGGCUGCUAAGUUAACCGAGGACCGGGACACCAGCUUGUCUCAGAGCGGAGUAGGUUAUCGGUAUGGUGUCGACCCCACACCACAGCAUUACCCCACCUUCAGCGGGGUCACUGGGGUCUCUGCUAUUCCCAACUACAACAACUUCCAUGGCGCUGGGGUCACGCAGGGCGUGACAGUUUUUGGAGGGGUCACCACAUCCACACAGCAGGGAACGCUCCGCACACGAGGAGGCACAGGUGUGACUCUGUUUGUUGCUCUCUAUGAUUAUGAGGCCCGUACAGAAGAUGAUCUCAGUUUCAGGAAAGGCGAGAAGUUUCAAAUCAUCAACAGCACUGAAGGUGAUUGGUGGGACGCCCGUUCUCUCACUACAGGAGGAACCGGUUACAUUCCCAGCAAUUAUGUCGCCCCUGUGGACUCAAUCCAGGCUGAGGACUGGUAUUAAAGAAAGCUAUCCCCAAAAGAAACACAAAUGCAACCUACCUCAACAGUGAAACCACAAACCACCAAACUUAACAAACAAAGCGAAACCACUAAAGGUGCCUUCUCCUUGUCUAUCCGGGACUGGGACGAUGUGAAGGGGGACCACGUGAAACAUUAUAAAAUCCGUAAACUGGACAGUGGAGGAUAUUACAUCACCACUAGAGCUCAGUUUGAGACGCUUCAGCAGCUGGUCCAGCAUUACACAGAGCGGGCAGCGGGGCUUUGCUGUCGUUUGGUCGUCCCUUGCCACAAAGGGAUGCCAAGGCUCACUGACCUGUCUGUCAAAACCAAAGACGUGUGGGAGAUUCCUCGGGAGUCGCUGCAACUCAUUAAGCGCUUAGGCAACGGCCAGUUCGGGGAGGUUUGGAUGGAGAGUGCAGAUGGUUUGUGCUUUAAUUUAACGGGUGUGUGCAUGGUCUACAUCCCUGAUACGGUGGGACUUAGCCAUGACUCCUGGGAAAUCGCACGCGAGUCUCUGACGCUGGACAGGAAGCUGGGGGCCGGGUGUUUCGCUGAUGUUUGGUGUGUGAAUGGAGGCACGUGGAAUGGCAACACUAAAGUGGCUGUGAAGACCCUCAAGCCGGGAACAAUGUCUCCAGAGUCCUUCCUGGAGGAAGCGCAGAUCAUGAAGAAAUUACGCCAUGAUAAACUAGUGCAGCUCUACGCUGUCGUUUCUGAGGAGCCCAUCUACAUCGUCACUGAGUACAUGGGAAAAGGAAGUCUUCUAGAUUUCCUGAAGGACGGGGAGGGACGGGCACUCAAGCUGCCAAACCUCGUCGACAUGGCGGCCCAGGUGGCUGCAGGUAUGGCCUACAUCGAGCGAAUGAACUACAUUCACAGAGAUUUGCGCUCUGCUAACAUUCUGGUUGGCGACAGCCUGGUGUGUAAGAUCGCUGACUUUGGCCUGGCCAGACUCAUUGAGGACAAUGAGUACACUGCCCGACAGGGGGCAAAAUUCCCUAUUAAGUGGACGGCUCCUGAAGCAGCUCUGUAUGGGAAGUUCACCAUUAAAUCUGAUGUUUGGUCUUUUGGAAUCCUGCUUACGGAGCUGGUCACUAAAGGCAGAGUUCCAUAUCCAGGGAUGAAUAACAGAGAGGUACUGGAACAGGUGGAGCGUGGCUACCGGAUGCCGAGUCCCCAGGACUGCCCGAGCUCUCUUCACGAGCUGAUGGUUCAGUGCUGGAAGAAGGACGCAGAAGAGCGGCCCACCUUCGAGUACCUACAGGCCUUCCUCGAGGAUUACUUCACCGCAACCGAACCUCAAUAUCAGCCCGGAGACAACCUCUAAACCCAUCGUCCUGGGCUCAUCCCUGGGCCGUCUCAAGUGGCCUCGACUCCCUCCAGACCGGAGGCAUGUACAGCUUCAUGAGUUCACCUGAGCUCCUGUUACUCCCCUGCGGCUCCACAUGCACUAGUCGACUGAAGACUGAACCCUUUGCACAGACUUUCAACUUGAGGGGUGUAAACACGAGCGGGCUGGGGAGGCGAACGGGGGGAAUUGUGGGUGGAAAGGCUUUUGUUCCAUAACCAUUAUAAUGAUAUGAAAUGAUGCCUGUAUUCAGUGUAAAUACGAGAUGCUUGUUUAAGGUUUUUUUUUUCAGUUUGUUUUCAUUCAGGUUUUUUGUUUUGUAAUCCCCGCUCAUCUUUUUGUGUUGCUUUGCAAAGAAGCAGAUUUGGACAUCUAUGAAGGGUUUAGGUGCGUGUCAAUGCAUACAACGAGUGCUGAAUUUGAGAAUGUUUGUGGUUUAUUCUUUUUCUCCCCUGCUGAUGAGAUCAUGUUCCAAAUGGUGGAAUAAAAAUUCAGAGUCUUUA